GAUAACUGAUGGAAAAUUUUGUCAAGCAAGUAAGUGCAUACGGGAAACAGGAGAAGUUUUGAAAUAUUUUCGAAUGUUUGUUGGUUUUUCAAUGAUAAUGGUCAUCAGGUUAUGUGGGAAGCGACUUAUAAGUAAAUAACGGUUCAAAAUAGCGGUAGUACGCAUGCUCUUGCACGCUCCAUAUUCUUUGCUACAACUGCAUAGUACAGUAACGCAUUGGAGUUUCUCAACAUCUCCUAUCUGCCGUGAUUCAAUUAGUACGGAAUCCAAGCCUGUUGAUUUGGUCCUUUUCCUGGUAUUUUUGCGAGCAUGUUUUCAAUAGCAGCUGUUUGCACCCGUGCUAUCCGAACGGGUCAGACUAUGACGUGCAGUCUGCCGAAACGAAUACAGGAUAGCUGGCGUUACUUUUCGGUUACUCCUUGUCACUCGGUAAUGGAGAUCCGGGAAACCAAAAAGGAAGGGGAAACCGAGAUUGAAGGUGUAUUAGUGGAUCAUUUUACGGAUAGUGUCCAACUGAAGGCGGAUAAUAAGACCGGCUGCUGUUGCUUGUGCAAUCUCAACUUGGACUUGAAAUAUCACGACGUUCUAAUAAUCAGCCAAUUCCUUCAUCCCACACGCGGCACGAUGCUACCUCGAAGAGUUACUGGUCUUUGUUACGAGCAGCAGAGACUUGUUGACACAUUGGCUUAUCAGGCUGGAAAAGCCGGCCUGUUGAAAAAAGUUUUCUUGAAAUCGCGGGGAACGAAGAUGAUUAUGCCUAAGAAACCUGGUCAUUCUCUGCCAAGGCACUAUAAUUCGUGGAACUAGAGCGAAUGCAAUUGGAGAUCGGUUAGUCAUGUCCAGCUAAAUGCAGUAGUAUUGAGAAACUACUGGAUGGGCAUUAAAUUGUAGAUACGGUUACUGGUUAGUGGUUGCAAUUAAUCUGUCCAAAUGACCCAUAAAAGUGAAGAUGUUAACGUCUAUGGUAUGGAAAGGAUUGACAUCGAAGUACCACAAAGGUUCCAUCGAUUUAUUUUCGAAGUUUUUUUCGGCAAUAAAAAUCGU